UUCGUCAUCACCGGUCGUCUUCUGUCCAAGUCGGGCGGUGCUACUCAUCGUCGUAUUCAUCGCCGUCAGCAGCAGAUCGUCGCCAACAUCGUCAUCAACACUGUCGCACCCAUAAUAGCUAACGAUCAUGCCGAGGUAAAAAGCUACACUGCUGCACUUUUGUACAAGAGUGAAGACUUUCUGAGUUGGACAAGCGUUGAUCACCCACUGUAUUCUCAUAAUUUGUCCAAUAUGUGGGAGUGCCUGGAUUUCUUUGCGGUAUUGCCGGGCAAUAACAGUGGACUGGACAUGUCCGUAGCGAUCCCAAGAGGCGCCAAGCAUGCCCUCAAAAUGAGCAUGGGUUACUUUGACAAGUACUUGAUUGGGGUGUAUGAUCUCAAACGUGAUGCCUUUGUGCCAGAUACUAUCGUAGAUGACUGUCGGCUGUGGUUGAAGAUUGAUUACGGCAAUUUCUAUGCUUCGAAGUCAUUCUUCGACUCGAAAAAGGGCAGGAGGAUCAUAUGGGGUUGGUCUAAGGAAGCAGAUUGUCGUUCAGAUGAUGUUGCAACAGGUUGGGCAGGAAUCCAUACAAUCCCGAGGACGAUUUGGUUAGACAGUGAUGGCAAGCAGUUGCUGCAAUGGCCAGUUGAUGAGAUUGAAUCCCUUCGAACAAAUGAAAUCAACCAUCAAGGACUAGAGUUCAACAAGGGAGAUCUGUUUGAGAUCAAUGGAGUUGACAAUUUUCAGGCGGAUGUGGAGAUAGAUUUUGAGCUGACGUCCAUCGAUGACGCCGAUCCUUUUGAUCCUUCAUGGCUUUUGGACGCCGAGAAGCAUUGUUGUGAAGCAGGUGCAUCGGUUCAUGGUGGUAUAGGGCCAUUUGGACUUGUUAUUCUGGCCUCCAACAACAUGGAGGAGCACACUACCGUGCACUUCAGAGUCUACAAGUCACUGCAAAAGUACAUGAUACUCAUUUGCUCUGAUCUAAGAAGGCCAGUAGUGCUUAUGGUUUUUGUCUUUAUUUUGGUUAGUAUUCACUAG